AUGGAUAAACAAUACUUCUCUUUUCAACAACUUGAUUAUACUAAGUUACUACUCGUAAUUGCUUAUAAAAAAAUGAAAGAAGUCCCUUCUGUUUUAGAAAAGAAGGAAUACUUUUGUUUUCAAGACAUUAAAAACCUCAGAGAACAAAUUAAAAAAGGAAGUAAAAUCAAUGACUAUAUUAAAAAAGAAAUUUUCGAUGUUGAAAGAUCAACAAAUUACAAUACUACUAAGAAACACAAUGAAAAUUAUCAUAUAGUUAAUUCAGGAGUUGAGGAAAUAAAUCGUUAUCCAAGAAGAGAAAUUCAUUGCUCAAGAAAAGGAAAUGGUAAUCAUAAUAGAUCUCAUUCUAGACUAAGUGAUAGACAAACUCAAUAUCUAGAACGAGAAUUUUAUGAUGGACUAGAGGAAAAUAAAAGAAAAAAGUUCCCGAGAAAACAACUAACUAAAGAAAUAACAUUAGAUGACAAGAAGUUUGCUGUUCAGAUACUCAAUAAUGAAAGAAUUAUUCAAGAAAGAACUGAUACAUCUAAAGAAAUACAAGCAUCUGGGAUUAUUACAACAACUGAUGAUGAUAUUAAAACUCUUGAUAAAAAAGAAGGAGAAUUUGAGUUAUUUGAAGAUUCAAAUUUAAGUUCAAGUAAUGAUGAUGUUGAUCAAGCACUAACUACAAAAAGUCAUGUCUUUGCUUCUAUUAAUGUGCCACAAGAAAUUAAUGAGUUAGGGCUUGUUUCUUUAGCAAAAGAAAUGAGUCAAGUUAAAAUGUAUACGUUUGAUAUUACAACAAGAGAACUAUUGAUUGAAUUUAUGAACAAUAGAAAUCUAAACUCUUUUAUUUCAUGCAGAGAAAUGAGAUUUGUUGAAUGUAAAACUUUUUAA